AUGUACAUAUGUGGUUUAUUCAAAAGUUCAAGUCAAUCCUGAUCUGUGUUAUCUGGGAUAACAAUGAUUACACAAUAAUAAAACACCCAAAUACCCAAGGGAAAGAAAUGUAAAAACUUCAAGUGUGAGUUUAUUGACCAAAAUAGGGAACAAAAAGAACAUUUGUUCAGGUAUUUAAGGAGUGGCAUCUUCUCAACAAUCUCUGUCCAUGGGGUCAUUUGCAGGUCUGGGAUCAGCCACUUUUUUCUCAUACUAAAAUGUUUGAUAGAGGGAGAAAAUACAAACUGGCUCAAGUUCAGUUUUUGACGAGGUAGGCUCAGUCUGGAUCCCCUAAUGUGGACCAUGCAGAACCAUGCCCAGCCCAUAAAUAAUACUGAGAGGAAAAGAACACUGAGCCUGAAGAAAACAAGACAAGGCACUGUGAUAUGAAGAGUCAUUUUGCAGCAAGGGACUUCUCCAUAAAGGCCAUGCCUGUGUUGCUGUUGUUGGCUUUGGUGUGCUCGCCCAUGGUUCAUUCUUCACAGUCGACGGCAGAGAACAUGUGUGGACCAGAAGUUGCAGCUCUCAAACGCAGCAUAAAAAAACUGGAGACCAAAAUCUUGAUCGGGACUUGGCAGAUUGAGCACUUGCAGAGGCACAAAUACUUCAGGCCUUUACAACCUGCUGUGUCUGAUAUUAAACCUGACACUGAGACCAACCAUGCCGGAAACCACAGCAGCAGCCGCAAUGAGACAUUAGACAGCUCUGAUAUGACCCUGAUAAAACUACUUCCACCAGCAGGCAACUUAGUUGUCCAUGACAAAGACUGUUCCGAACUGUUCGACAGGCUGAGACCACCUAGUGGUUUCUACCGCAUCAGACCCAAAUCACAACAGGAUCCUUUUUUGGUUUACUGCGACAUGGAUGAUGGAGGGGGAUGGACGGUGUUUCAGAGGCGUCGGCAUGGAAAAGUCGACUUCAACAGGGAUUGGGUGGACUACAGAGAUGGAUUUGGUGACUUCAAGCUGUGGAAUGAUGAGUUUUGGUUGGGGAAUGAGCACAUUUAUUCUCUACUCUCAGAAGGCAACAACUUGGUGAAGAUUGAUCUGAUGGACUGGGAUGGAAAGAAAAAUCAUGCAUUUUAUGAGAACUUCAGGAUCACCAAUGAGGCCGAUAAGUAUCGUCUCCAGUAUGAAAUGUAUAGUGGGCAGGCUGGAGAUGCUCUGACUGGUGGUGGGGGGAUGGUGGAGCACUGGUCUACUUCCCUCAGCGGCAUGCAGUUCAGCACCAGAGAUCAGGACAAUGACCGCUACCUUCAGGGCAGCUGUGCUCAGGAGAACAAAGCAGGGUGGUGGUUCAACAGGUGUCAUGCAGCCAACCUAAAUGGGAACUUCUAUCGCAAAGGGACGUAUAAGGGCCAGUACGACAAUGGUGUGGUGUGGGGGACCUGGAGAGGCCUCUGGUAUUCACUCAGGCACACCACCAUGAAGGUGCGGCCUUUGGUUUUCUUGGACGCUGGAGGCAGUGGAGCUGGGGACAUUUAAAAACACGUCUGAUUAUACUUUGUAAAUGAGGGCAAAUAAUGUCAUGUUGGAAUUCUUUGUAUUUUAAUUUCCCACUUUUGUGACAUGAGUUUACCUAUUUACAAAUGUAGACAGUACAGUUGUUCUAAGUUUCCAGUAUGAAUUUCUUUCUUUAAAGUGUAUGAUAUAACUCAAGCAAAUAAACA